AUGCUCAUUCCAACGUUGUGGGCGGCUAUCUCCGGGGUCUUGUGUUAUGGUCUGUUACGCCUGAGAUUCCUACGAAACACCCAAUAUGCCCAUCUUCCAGGGCCACCAACGUCUCUUUUAUGGGGUCAUCUCAAGGUCAUAGCCCAAAUCAUCUGGCCAAACCCCGCAAAACAUUUUGUGCUUCUUGAUCUCCGUCCCGCCUUCUACCCAAUAGCAGUCAUUCAUUCCCACGAGCUGGCGGAGCAAAUUUCCAAAGCUACCACGGAGUUCAGGUAUAGUGUACCGAAGGCGCCACUGCAGGAAGUUAUCGGACAUGUUAUCGGUAGCAAUUCUUUCCUGAUGUCCAACGGCGAGAAAUGGAAACACACCCGCAAGGCGUUCAACGUGGGCUUUGCGCCAACACAUCUGGCAACGUUCAUCCCGCAGAUCCUCGAAAAAGUCCAAAUCUUCCUUCAGGGUCUGGACGUGUAUGCGGAAUCCGGGAAGGAGUUCAAUUUGGGCGAGCGGUGUACGCUGCUCACCUUCGAUGUAAUCGGGCGCGCAAUACUCGAUAUCAAUCUCAACAGUCAGGGAAAGGACUCUGAGCAACACGAAGUCGUCCGCUGUUUCCGCGAACUCCUCGCAAAUCUUUCAUUCUGGCCGCAGCUUGAGUGGUUGAUCAGCCCUUCCAAUUACAGCCGGCGGAUGGAGCUCACAAAUACGAUCGACACAUCGCUUCGGUCAAUUGCUCGAGACAAAUUCGACAAGCUCCAUAGCGAUAAGUCUGAAACAUCUGAUCGGAGUGUAUUGUCCUUGAGCCUCAAGAGUAUCGACUCGUUAGAUUCUCAGGCAAUGCAAGAAAGCAUAGACUCGAUUCGAACAUUCCUGUUUGCAGGCUACGAUACCACCUCGGUUGUUCUCCAGUGGGCCUUCUACGAACUCUCCCGAACACCUCGCGCACUUACCGCGCUUCGAGAAGAGCUAGAUCGAAUUUUGGGCCCCAACGCUGAGCCAAGUGCGAUAGCGGACGCUAUUCUAUCCGAUGUUGGCAAAGUCAAUCAAUUAUCCUAUCUGUCCGCUGUCAUCAAGGAGACCCUCCGACUACAUCCGCCGGCCGGAACCUCUCGAUUUGUCCCACCUGGAACAAAUUUCAGAUUACAAACUAACAAGGGACCCCUGUGCGUUGAUGGUAUCAUUCUCUACAUUAACCAUUUUUCGAUCCAACGAGACCGGACCGUCCACGGAGAGUCCGCGGAGGCUUGGAUCCCGGAGCGCUGGCUGGAGUCCCGGGACGAAUCGAUUCCAGCUAGUUCUUGGCGGCCAUUUGAACGUGGACCCCGAAAUUGCAUUGGCCAGGAACUGGUGAAUCUGGAAGCAAGACUCGUCCUCGCGAUGACCGCUCGGCGAUACGAUAUCACCAAGGUCGGCAUCGGGGCUCCAGUCUUGAUGUCGGAUGGUGUUGCGAACGUUGAUGAAUGGGGUCAAUAUCUGAUUACGGAGCCACUAUAUGAUACUUUCAACAUGUCAGCAAAGCCAGUGGACGGAACCAUGGUGACGGUGAGAUAUCGCCAGCAGAAUGAGAGUAUCGGAAAUUGA